AUGAGCGAGACCAGCCGGCUGUGCUCCGGCUAUUACAGCCUCAACCACAGCUUCGUGGAGUCCUUCCAGUGCCCCCGGCGCGGCGAGGGGGCCGCGCUCCUCUACUGCUGCGGCUUCGCGGACCUCAAGUACUGCUGCAGCGAGCCGGGCAGCUACUUCCCCUACAAGCACAGCUACAUGUGGAGCCUCAGCAUUGGUGCUCUGAUUGGAUUGGGAAUUGCUGCCCUUGUUUUACUUGCCUUUGUCGUCAGCGUCUGUGUCCUUUGCUAUUUAUUUCUGUAUACAAAGCCUCAAAGAUUAGACACUGGCCUUAAACUUCAUCACCUAGAGGCUUCUUCCACUGGAGAAGACAACCUAAAUAGAAAAGCCAAAGCCCUCAAUUCAAAUGCAGCAUCAAAUUCAACAAAUGAAACAUCCUAUGAAGCUGAAGAUACUCUUCAAGAAAAAGCAGUGGAUACAACACAAAUUAAUAUUGCUUAUUAA